UACAUGGGCGUGUCCAUCGGCAACGCCGCCUGGCCCAUCGGCGUCACGCAAGUCGGCCUGCACGAGCGCUCCGCCCGCGAGAAGAUCCGCCUGGGCUACAGCUCCGCGGUGGCGCACAUCAUGAACGACGAGGCCACCCGCAAGUUCAUCCAGGCCCUCAAGCGCCUCAUGACCUUCUGCCAGCGCCGCUACCCCACAGACCCCUCCCGCUGCGUCGACUUUGAC